GACAUUACAAUUAUGGACGCAAACAGUGAAAAGACCUAUUCUCCCAUUGAUUGUAUUUCUUACAUUAAGAAGAUCUUUUCAGAUAUCCCUUUAUCAGAGUUGGAUGAUGAUUCGCUAAUCAAUAUUUUACUGGAACGAUCUGUUUCCGUCUUACAGAUAAUCGACUAUGCUAUGACGUAUUUUGUUGCGGUGAAUUUUAUAGGCGGUUUGGUUGAUGAGUUUAAUGAAUUUGAUGGAUGCUACCAGUUGGCGUUAGAAGAUUUGUGCUGUGAAGGCGAACAUCCUUUCAGACUUACUAAGUCACUUAGUUUAUUUUGGCUGUGUAAACGCUUAUGCCGGAAAAUGUCUACAGUUUCUCAAACUCUUUCAUUCCUUUAUUAUUUAAACUACUUGAAAUGCGUUUAUUUGCAUCAGUACCUAAUUGGUGAUGAAAGGUCACCCAAACUAAAAAGUGAAUUUCAAGAUAUUACCAAUGUCUGUGAGGAAUAUCUUGAUUCUACUGACUCUGAUGAGGACGUCAUUCAGUAUUUAAUGAUAGCAUCAUAUCUGAGCGUUUUUUAUUAUGAAUAUGAGGCCUCAAAAACCUUCGCUUCCAGAUGCGCUCAGUAUUUAAAUAUUGAUGUACAAUUUAAUGGUGUCCUAGGUAAACGCACCAGAUUCCAGGAGAAAGAAGUUGCAAAUCUCACGGUUACGGUUAGCAGAAAGAUCGAAAAUAAAGACGGCAAAACGUCAUUUAACUAUCCAUUGCCUCAGAUAAUUUCUCUUAGUGAUGAUGUACUUCUCAAUAGUGUCAUAUUUAGUGACUUCAAUGAACAAAGUGUUCUUUCAAAUACAGAGCAGUCUUUCAUUUUGUUAUUGUGUGAACUUCAUCGUCGUCACUACCCACGAGACGAUUUAACAGAGCAACAGUGUUUAGCAUACAUCAAUACUGUUAUCCGAGCUGUUUACCCAGAUUCUGAAAAUGGAACGAAAAGCAGUUCUUCGUGGCCCAUUGCCACAGAAACACUGUAUAGAAGAAGUUUACUCGAACAUAAUUCUGUUCGAAGAACUGAGCGUGCAUUAUCUCAACUAGAGGAGUUAUGCUCUCAGUUUAAACGAACUAGUCCAUCAUUUUCUGAAAGAUCUCCCAGUAGCUUCUUUCUUUCCAGAAUGCCUUCUAUUUGGACUCUCGAAAUUGAACAAGGUCGACUGCUUAUGAAAAUAGGAUGUUUCAAAAGUGCUCUAGACAGUUUUCUGUUAUGGGACAAAUGGUCUGAAAUAAUUGAAUGCUACACUCGUUUAAACAAAAGAGAAAAGGCUGAAGAAGUCAUUCGUUCUCGUCUAAAUGCUGGAGAUGAAUCUGCUGAUUUAUAUUGUGCUCUUGGUGAUGUGACAAAUGAUCGCCAACACUAUUUAAAGGCGUGGGAUAUAUCUGGUUGUAAGUCAGCUCGAGCAAUGCGCAGCCUAGCUGUUAUAUAUAUGUACACAGAUAAAGACUAUACCAAUGCAAUCGAAUGCUUUCAAAAGUCCUUAGAAAUUAACAAUAUGCAGGUUAAUCUAUGGUUCACUUUUGGAUGCUGUUGUCUUCAAGCCAAAGAGUAUAUAAAAGCAGAAAAUGCUUUUCGUUCGUGUGUUCGUUUAGAUCCAGAUAAUUUUGAAGCUUGGAGUAAUUGUGCUACUGCUGUCCUGCUACAAGGAAAAAAGAAUAUAGCAUUAAAACUAAUGAAAGAAGCUUGUAAAUAUAGUUAUGAAAACUGGCGUUUAUGGGAAAAUAUUCUCUUGAUUAGUUCUGAUGUGAAAGCUUUUCAAGAUACUAUACAGGCCUAUCAUCGGCUGUUAGAUUUACAAGGAAAGUAUGCAAAUGCACAAGUUCUCGGUAUUAUGGUCAAAAGUAUUAUUUUAAAUGAAAUGGAUUCCACAGGAAACCCUACAAGUAAUAUACGUAAUAAGUUACUUGAACUAUUUGGUCGAGUUACAGCAUCUACUCCUAACGAUGCCGCCAUAUGGGAUGAAUAUGCUCAUCUUCUGGUUGAUGAAACUCCUCAAAUGACUUAUAUCACAUAUCAACGUGCUGUGCAAUGCCUUCAAACAGCUCAUCGUUGUCGUAUACAACCAAGUGAAGGACCAUGGGAACAGUCAAAAGAAAAACGUGAAGCUGUUAUUGAAGGUUUAAAAGCUUUAGCUGAUUUAUUAACUAAUCCUCCUAAAUUGAAAAAUAAUAAUCAAUCUGAUGAAGAAGAUCAACUUAAUGCUUUCAUUCAAUCAGCCUUGGUCACUCUACGAAUAAGCUUGAAAUCUGUAAUUUCCAAAAUGAAGAUUGCUGAAGAAUCUCUCCUUUCAAUCGAUGUUCAAGAUAUGAUUCGUUCCUCACUUAAAGAUUUAAGUGAAUUAUUGACUAAUAUUGAACAAAAAUUAAACUGAACUCAAAUUUUAUACUGUACACACUUAUUUUAAAUCAAUUAUCUUGAUAUAAAUAAAAGUUUGAGUUUAACUCCGAU